AUGGCGUAUGAGACGGGUCCAACAUCGGAUCAGGCCGACAGUAUGCCAUUCUGGCGUGGCCUGUGGUCUAAGACCGUAAGCCACAGCGAGGGCCCUUGGAUGGAAGUUAGGGCGAUCCAGGCUGCGAGUAUUACGCCCAUAGACCCCGUCAUCAUAACGCCGGAAGACGUAGUUGAGGCGGUCCGUAGGCUUGUUUUACUGUGGCCAUAUAAAUUAGACCGAUACCCUAGAGUACAGCACACGGAACACGUGACCGGGCGCGGCGAGAGCGCGUAUUGA